UCUCAGUCACCAACACCCUCUAGACCCAUCAGAUAAUCACCGGGGGGUAAUGCUGCGAUAUCCCAGCAAUAAGGCUGAAUCCGGGAACGCUGAGCUCUGAUAACUCCCUCAACCAGGUGGGGCUCUAGCAUUGAAGUGCCUAUAGAGUCCGUACUAUACGGAGCACGGCUAUCAUGGAGGAGUUGUGUACUGUGUAGCCUGUAUUUCUCCCUCUUGGCGUCGUUGUGGCCCCUCUCAAAGCCUCCAGGGUCCCACGCCCAAAUCAGCCUCGUGAUGCUUGUGCUCAGUCCAUAAGAGGGGGCAGGCGCCGGCGGCUGUUCCUGGCAGCUGUUGUUCCAGUGACGACUUCUCCAUCUUUAACGCGUUCGAGGGGCGUGGAAACAGGACAGUGGAAUGACCAUGCCAGUGUUGACGAUUAACGAGCAGAGUCUCACCUUCUGGGGAGACUCCGGGCUGUUAUCCCCAACUGCACGCACUUCCAUAUCGCCCCCCGCCUCCCCUACGUCCUCUCUUCAUGAUUCGGACGAAGAAGAAGCUGUUUCCUCCCAGAGCGAGGCUUUGGAAAGGUCCAAAAUAAAUGAUUCUCGAACUCGCCGCUCAUCGCCAAGUUCCAUCAGGGCCAGGUUGCCAGCAAAUGGCCCGUCCACCAUUCCGCCCAGCUAUACCAACAUCAAUCCUUAUAUCUACCGCAAUGCAACACACUCUUUCACGCACUCGUGGCCUACACAUCGCCUGAUUGCCUGCCCACGGUGCCAUCUGAACCACGGGGAGCCUCAUGCCGAUUCAUCGCCCUCUAGUAGAGACCUGACGUCGAAUGGGAACUGGCAUUCCCAUCGUGCCACGCUCAAAGCUUCUUCCACCGUGCCAUUCUCGAUUGCGAGGAUGAUACAGGCGUGAGACUCAUUUCUUCACCAUAUCGUUCAUUCGGUUCAAAAAAAUAUGACUUAGACGCCACUUUUCUUUGCUAUUCAACACCGCGAGUCGCCUUCAGUUCGCUUCUUCUUCUUUG